CACAGACAGGCGACAGCCCUCUUAAAGUGGGAAGUUUUCGCCAAAGGAUUCUGUCAAAAAAUUAAUCACCUUCAUGUCGACUCUGUUGGAUACUAACCCGCCGAUGCUAUGGUUACCUUUAUUACGAUUUUACAGGUGAAUCUAGUGAUGUCCAUCCUGCUGUAUGUGAUGGUCCUCGUGUACCUCUAUGGUAUCCAGGCAACCAACAUGGACAGCAGUCGCCAGGGGCAACAGCAGCAGCAGCAGCCGAGUCCCGACCCCUUAAACUCACUUAUAAUCCAGCUGCUUCAGGCCGACCUGAUGAAGGGGAAGACUAGGGGGAACCAGAGCCAACAGGGGAAAAGCAGGGACACCGAGCCUCAGGACACACUUCCUCCUCUCCUCAGUGACAACUUUCCUCUAGAGGAGCAGAGUGAUGCAGAGCAGUGGGGAACAGGAGGUCGCAGUGGCGGGAGCAGCGACGGCGUGGUGGACCAGCAGCUGACGCUGUUGAACUCAGACCUUCUCAGGCAGCACAAGCGGUACACCUCACCUCGGGUGCUGCUGAGCGACCGGCCACCACUGCAGCCGCCGCCGCUGUACCCCGCGGACGAUUACGUGAGCAGCGGACUGGAUGGUGGGGCAGCGGGUAACAAGACACGAAAGAAGCGCCACGCUGAGCACAGGAGCUAUCGUGGGGAGUAUUCUGUGUGCGACAGCGAGAGCCAGUGGGUGACAGAUAAAACCCAAGCAGUGGACACCAGGGGGCAGUCCGUUACUGUUUUGGGCAUAAUUAAAGCUAGUCCCACGAGGGACGUAAAACAGUACUUUUAUGAGACACGCUGUCGGACCCCCCGGCCCUUCAAAGGCGGCUGCAGGGGCAUUGAUGACAAGAACUGGAACUCGCAGUGCAAGACGACGCAGACAUACGUUCGAGCGCUAGUGCAGAUUGGCAAUUUAGUGACCUGGAAGUGGAUACGUAUAGACACUUCCUGCGUCUGUGCGUUGUCAAGGAAACGUCAUAGGACAUAAACAAAACAAUACAAGCCAGGGGACUACCUGAUUGGGAUUCUACUUCCUGUAUAGGAUUUUAUUACCUAUUGACAGUGCUCUCCACCACAGGAUUAUGCGUCAUGGUAGUGAAAAGCAACACUCUGCUAUAAAAUGAUGCUUCUACUGAAGAAAUCUUGGGUCCACUUAAAUGAUAUUUCACAUUAAUGUGCUGCAAAUCCACAAGCCGGUGCAGCGCCGCUGUUAUCGCAGAACUCAUUUGAGAGGGACUGUGGAGGGAGGGAGGGAGUGUG